GUUCUAUUAAUACCCUUUCUCUCUCGCGUAGCGUGUUCUUUCCAUUUGUUCUUCAUUGCUGGCCCAGAAAAUAAGAUGGGCAUUCCAAUGAUGUCUCCUUUAGCCUCUCUCUUCUUAGCUCUAAUGGUGGCCCUGUGCAGUGGGGCAGUCGAAAAGCAGACUUACGUGGUGUACAUGGGAGACGCACCGAUCUCUUUCACAGCCAACAUGCACCAUGACAUUCUUGCUUCUGUGACCGGAAGCCAUGAAAUCGCAAAAGAAUCCAUGGUUUACAGUUACAGCAGAAGUUUCAACGCAUUCGCCGCGAAGCUGUCGCCGGAAGAAGCAAAAACUUUAGCGGGAACAGAGGGGGUGGUGUCUGUGUUUCCGAAUACUCGGCGCAAGCUCCACACCACAGAUUCUUGGGAUUUUGUGGGCCUUCCUCUGAAAAUGAGGAGGAGCAUCAAGUUUGAAAGGGAUGUCAUCAUUGGGAUGUUCGACACAGGUAUAACCCCAACUUCAAGGAGUUUCAGAGACGAUCGUCUUGGUCCACCUCCCGCCAAAUGGACAGGCAAAUGUGAAAAAGCAAAAGCCUUUAGCGGAUGCAACAACAAGCUUAUUGGAGCGAAGUACUAUAGGCUGGACGGGUCGAAGCCCAGCAAACCGGAAAUACUAUCGCCGAUCGACGUGGCGGGUCACGGCACGCACACGGCGUCGACGGCAGCAGGGAAGCCGGUCCGCCGCGCAAGUCUAUACGGGCUGGCGAACGGCACGGCCAGGGGCGCAGUCCCGGGAGCUCGGCUUGCGGCGUACAAGGUUUGCUGGGCCGACGCUGGGUGCCCCGACGUCGACAUACUCGCGGCCUUCGAUGAUGCCAUAUCAGAUGGGGUCGACGUCAUCUCCAUGUCCGUUGGCGGCCCGCCCCUUGCCUACUUCUCCGAUUCCUUGGCCAUUGGAGCGUUCCACGCCAUGAAGAAGGGAGUUCUCACCGUGAUGUCCGCCGGCAAUGACGGGCCGAGCCCUGGGACGACAGAGAACGUCGCUCCCUGGAUUUUCACAGUGGGAGCGACCACCACAGGUCGGCACUUCAAAACCAAAGUUUCUCUCGGCAAUGGCAAAGUGAUAACUGGAGUAUCAGUGAACACCUUUGCACCAAGUAAGCAAUAUUACCCACUCAUUAGCGGGCUGCAGGCGGCAAACCAGUCGUAUGAUCCUUGGUUGCAUCCAAUUGCUUGCGAUUCUGGGUCUCUAGAUGCAAACAAGGUGAAGGGUAAGGUAAUCUUCUGCAUGCCUGAGUAUGGUGAUGUCGAUUCGACCGUCAAAGACUUGGGAGCGGCAGGAUUCAUCGGGCAGUACGAUUAUGGUCUGGACACGGGCUUCAGUUUUGUCCUCCCAUCAGUUCAGCUGGACGCCAUCAGAUCACAGUUAAUCCAGAGAUACAUCAAUUCCACUAGUUCACCUCGAGCAAUUAUUCACAAGACAUUUGCUACCAAUGCGACCGUUGCACACGUUGCAUCUUUCUCCUCUCGCGGCCCGAAUCCGAUCUCAAGGACGAUACUCAAGCCUGACAUUGUAGCCCCCGGGGUGGAUAUACUGGCUGCCUAUACAAGGCUUUCUUCGAUGACUGGAGUGGAUGAUGAUGAUCGGUUCGUGAACUAUAACAUAAUGUCUGGAACUUCCAUGGCGUGCCCACAUGUAAGCGGUUCUGUUGCUUAUGUCAAGUCGUUCCACUCUGAUUGGUCUCCUGCUGCAAUCAAAUCUGCCCUUAUGACUACAGCCAAAGAGAUGAUCCCAAGAUCACAUGAUCGUGCUGAAUUCUCCUAUGGCGCCGGUAUGCUCAAUCCAAGCAAGGCACUUAAUCCGGGCCUAAUCUAUGACAUGGACGAAAUGUCAUACAUACAGUUCCUUUGUAAGGAAGGCAUCAACGCAAGCCAAUUGAGGAUUCUUACCUCAGGCGAGUUUAGCAAUUGCUCGGCGGUGCCGCCGGGACUCGGCUACGACGGCAUCAACUAUCCGGCGAUGCAGGUCUAUGUUAAAACCUCAGGCGAACCAAUUGACGCUGCGUUCCAUCGGACCGUGACCAAUGUGGGUUCGGUGAAAUCCGUGUACAGGGCAAGAGUCAAGGCACCAACCGGGCUCAACGUCACUGUAUCGCCACAAACACUCUCCUUUACGGCUCUCAAUCAAAGCCUUUCCUUUGAAGUUAAGGUGAUCGGCGAGCCUCUCGGUACCAAGCCCGUGAUUUCUGCUUCGCUUGUUUGGGAUGAUGUGAGGCACAAGGUCAGAAGUCCCAUAGUGGUUUACCAAUUUACUGCUACGGGUUGAAGCUUCUCCUAGUAUUUUUUUUUCGUCUCUAGACCACCUGCUGCGUCAGGUUGAAAUUUGACAAGGGAUCGAAGGGCUGGCGUCCAGGCAAAGGUUUCCACUGUUAGAUUUUGAGUUCUUGCUUAACGUCAUCCUUGUUGGGCCUAAGCUUUUAAUUAUAUUAUUCAGUCUUUAGGUUAGAAUAGAUUGUGGGGAUAACUGGUAGGCAUUUUUCUCUGUUAUUUUUAAGAUUCUUUUAAUAAUA